CCUCGAGCUGACCUCGUCCAGCUCAAUCCCCGGUUCCUGGCGACCCCGCUGUGGUACACUUCCGACUAGUGCUUCCUCCCAUUGUAUCUACCAUCUGACCGUCUCCCCCCCAAUUCCCAGCCGGUAGUACCACCGUCCCAUCUGCCAUCUCCAACCCACGACUGGGCCACCGUCAGCGUGGGACGGAGCAGUCUAGACUGAUCUGACCGGCGGGGCAACAUUCCAUCCCUCGCCCGGACCUAUCGACCCAAUUAAUUUACUCCCGCAUUCUUUAUCCCCCUCCUCCCCCAAUCCCCAUUCGCUCCGGACCUUUACUUUAUCUAACCUCCCGGUUGCAUGCCGAGCCCGUCCCGCAGUCGGGACCACCUGGGCGACACCCAGCGGGAUCCCGACCCAAACUACUACUACUACUACUCUCCCUCCAUCUACCAGGGCGAGACGGAGGCGAAUAACUCUGACGACGACGACGACGACGACGACGACGAGCACCACGCCCACCCACGACCUUACGAUUACGAGCCCCACGACCAACACGAUGUCCACGAAUACGAUAAUGAUUUCGAGGAACCUUGGGUUCCGUUACGCGCGCAGGUCGAGGGUGAUGCAUGGCGGGAGGGAUUUGAGAUGGCGGUUCCUACGGAAGAGGAUGUUACACAGGCGAGGGAGUACCAGCAUGAUUACCAGUAUCGGAUGAGUGGGGGUCUUGGCGACGAUGCGCCGCUGCGUGGUGCGGAAGGUACUGGGGGAAGGAAGCCGAAAGAGAGACCGGAUCGGGAGACGCGCAGACAGCGGAGGAAGGAGAGGUUGGCGGCGUUUUUUAGACAUAAGGGUGGGGGUGAGGCGUCGGGGUUGGUCAGUGGGGAUGCGUUGGCCAAGUUGUUGGGGUCGCAGGAUGGGGAUGAGGAUUGUUUGAGUCAUUUGGGGGUGGAUGCAGCGUCGCCGGGGGAGGGGACUCGGCAGCGCAAGGUGCCAGUUUUGAGGGAGGAGCCGUUGAUGUUGAGGCCGUUUCCUGCGGUGGCGCCGAGGGGUCAGAUGCAGGGGAGGGUGGUUUCGGGGGCGCAGUUGGAGGAGGGAGGGCCGGAUGUGGAGAUGAGGCAUCGUGGUGGUGGUGGUGGUGGUGGUGGUGGUGAGGGAUCGGCGAUGGAGGCUAUGAUUCCUAAGGAGGGUUCGGUGGGCAGUGGGAAGAGGUCUGCUGCUGCACGGCCGUCGUUUUGGAAGCGGUGGGAGAAGACGUUUAUCUUCUUUGGGGUGCUGUUGCUGCUGGCGGCUAUUGCUAUUCCGGUUGGGAUUAUUGAGGCGAGGAGGCUGCGUGAUAAGGGGAAUGGAGGUGGCAGCUCGGAUCUGGGGAUCAGUCGUGAUAGCAUUCCGGCCUACGCCAGGGGGACAUAUCUCGACCCGUUUACGUGGUAUGACACCAGUGGGUUCAACUUGACGUUCACGAACGCGACAGUCGGUGGCUUGUACAUCAUGGGACUGAAUUCAACGUGGAACGACUCAGCCCAAGCGAACGAGAACGUGCCACCCUUAAAUGAGAAGUUUCCGUACGGGUCACAGCCUAUUCGCGGUGUCAAUCUUGGAGGCUGGCUGUCCAUUGAGCCCUGGAUUGCCCCCUCGCUCUUCAAUUCUUAUACUUCCGACGAGGGAAUUAUCGACGAGUGGACACUAUCCGAGAAACUCGGCGACCAAGCCGCGUCAGUGAUUGAAAAGCACUAUGCCACCUUUAUCACCGAGCAAGACUUUGCCGACAUCAGAGAUGCAGGCCUCGACCACGUCCGGAUGCAAUUCUCGUACUGGGCCUUGGGAACAUACGACGGGGACCCGUAUGUCCCCAAGAUUGCAUGGCGAUACCUCCUCCGGGCCAUCGAAUACUGCCGCAAAUACGGACUGCGCGUGAAUCUCGAUCCACACGGCAUUCCUGGCAGCCAGAACGGCUGGAACCACAGUGGUCGACAGGGCUUGAUCCGCUGGCUGAACGGUACCGAAGGGGAGCUGAACCGGAAACGGUCUCUCGAGAUGCACGACCAGCUCUCGCAGUUCUUCGCGCAAGACCGGUACAAGAACGUUGUCACGAUCUAUGGCCUCGUGAAUGAACCUCUCAUGCUGUCCCUUCCCGUGGAAGCCGUUCUCAAUUGGACCGUUCAAGCCACCGAAUUGGUACAGAAGAACGGCAUCAAAGCCUGGGUUACCGUGCACGACGGCUUCCUCAAUCUGAGCAAAUGGGACAAGAUGCUCAAAACGCGCCCGGAUAACAUGAUGCUGGACACCCACCAGUACACCGUCUUCAACACGGGCGAGAUCGUCCUCAACCAUACGAGAAAAGUGGAGCUGAUCUGCGAGAGUUGGUACAGCAUGAUCCAGGCGAUCAACGUCACCAGUACGGGCUGGGGUCCAACGAUCUGCGGCGAAUGGUCCCAAGCCGACACCGACUGCGCGCAGUACCUCAACGACGUCGGCCGCGGCACCCGCUGGGAGGGCACCUUUUCCCUGACCGACUCGACGGAAUACUGUCCCACCGCGAGCGCCGGUACUUGCAGCUGCACGCAAGCGAACGCCGUUCCGGGCGUGUACUCGGAGGGAUACAAGACAUUUCUACAAACAUACGCCGAAGCCCAAAUGUCCGCCUUUGAGAGCGCUAUGGGCUGGUUCUACUGGACGUGGGCGACGGAGUCGGCGGCGCAGUGGAGUUACCGGACGGCAUGGAAGAAUGGGUAUAUGCCGAAGAAGGCGUACAGCCCGGCGUUCAAGUGCGGGGACGCGAUUCCGAGUUUUGGCAAUUUACCGGAGUAUUAUUGAUCUGCAGAUUGGUUGGGCAUAACGGUCAUCUAAAGCGUUCACCUAGGAGCAUCUAUGUAACUUAUCUACCUCUGAGCAGCUCGUUAGAUUAAAG